GAUUAUUUUGCAAAUUACCUGUGUUCAAGUACAAAUUUCAUAAUUAUGUAUUCAUACAUAUACCCAUAUAUAUGUUUGUUUAUGCACUAAUGUUUAAUGAAAGUAAAAAAUGAAUGAUGGACGAUUAUCAACAGUUAAAAAGUAAAUAUGAAAGAUUAUGUGUGGAAUUCAAAAAGCUUCGUUCAAAGUAUAAAACGUUAAAAGACAAUGAAAAUGAAUUAAACCAACAACUACAGGAGAAACUAAUACAAAAAGAUUUAUAUAUUGAAAAAUUAAAACAAGAAAUUGAACAAUUAAAAUUAAACAAUCAUAAUAUUUCCAUUAAUGGGCUUACAUAUGAAAGUUCAACGAAAUUAUCAUUAUUACUAAAUAAUAUUAACAAGAAUAAUGAUCAUUCAAGUCUUAUCGAUACUGUCAAUGUAAAUGAAGUGGCAAAGAAAUCUAUCAUUACUCAGGAAGUAAAUAAUAAUUUGCAUCAAACGACACUAUCAGAUGCUUCUUAUACACCUAUCCAUAUGACAAAACAUAAUUCAUUUCCCAUGGUAACUAAUGAUAAUUCAACAAAUUCUAUUCUGUCAUCUCCCACUGAUAUUUGUCAUGAUAUUAUUGUGGAUACCUAUAAUAAAUCAUCCAGUUUAAAUUUACUCCCAUCUAAAUCUUUAUUAUCAUCGUUAUCAUCAAAAUUACCAUCUUCAUCUUCAUCAUCAUUUCUAUCUGAAGAUACAUUAAUGAUAACAAAUACAACAAUAUCUAUCCCUACAACUUCUACUCCUAGUACUACUACUUCUAUUACUCCUAGUACCACUACUGCUACUUCUACUGCUAGUACUACUACUGCUACUUCUACUACUCCUAGUACUACUAGUGCUACUCCUACUACUCCUAGUACUACUACUGCUACUCCUACUACUCCUAGUACUACUAGUGCUACUUCUACUACUCCUAGUACUACUACUUCUACUUCUACUACUCCUAGUACUACUAGUGCUACUUCUACUACUCCUAGUACUACUACUUCUACUUCUGCUCCUAGUACUACUAGUGCUACUUCUACUACUCCUAGUACUACUAGUGCUACUCCUACUACUCCUAGUACUACUACUUCUACUUCUACUACUCCUAGUACUACUAGUGCUACUCCUACUACUCCUAGUACUACUACUUCUACUUCUACUACUCCUAGUACUACUAGUGCUACUUCUACUACUCCUAGUACUACUAGUGCUACUUCUACUACUCCUAGUACUACUACUUCUACUUCUGCUCCUAGUACUACUACUACUACUACCCUUAAUCUUUCAUCUUCUUAUGAUCAAGAUUGGACAUUCAUUGUAAAUACAGAAGAGAAAUUAAUUGAACAAUUUGUAGAAUUAUUAAAUAAUUGGAUCAAUUCAAUAAAAACAAAUCAAAAUUUAUCAUUUAUAAAUAAAGAAAAAUUAGAUCAUAUUCUUAUGAAUCGUAUUACACAAUUAGAAAGUCAAUUAUGUGAAAUUUCAUUACAAUAUCAAUUGGAACGUAAACGUCGAUUAAAAGAACAAUCACAGUCAGAAACAAAAGACGACGCUAAGCCUAUUGUUCACAAUAGUCAGGUGAGUGAUUCAAACGAUCCUGAGCAAUUAUCUAAUAGUAGUAAUGGAAAAUCUGAUGAAACUCCUAAUCCACAUAAAGUAAUAAUGAAACGUUUACAUAAAGCCAUUGAAGAAUCAAUUCAUUUCGCUUCAAAAGCUAAUCUGUUACAGGAUGAAUUAGAAUCUCUUAUCCCAUGGAUAUUACAACUACUUCAUUUACAUCAAAAACAACAAUAUGAAAUAAAAACAAUGAAACAAUAUAAUGAACAAUUAAAACAACAAUUAGAAUCAAUUAAAACAAAUACAAUAAAACAAAUUAAUGAAAUGGCUAAACAUAUAAAUAAUUUAACUGAAGAAUUACAAACAAUUCGAUUAAAUUCAUUAACAAAUCAUCAUUCUCAUAAUAGUUUUAAUAAAGAACAACAACAAUCAAAUUGUUUAUCGCUUCAUUCAAAUGAUAAUCAAGUUAAGAAAACUACAUUAUUUAAUGUAUUGAGAAAAUGAUCUGUUAUGUAUAUAUAUAUAUAUAUAUAUAUAUAUAUAUAUAUAUAUAUAUAUAUAUAUAUACCUUCCAUAUUGCCUCCAUUCAUUUUAACAACUUAUGUAAUCAUCAUAAAUAUUAGUCAAAUUUCAAUCGAUUAUAUCCCAAUAUGUAUAUUAACAUAUAUCAUUAUGAUGAUUCGAUAUAUAUAUAUUUCUUUUCUUAUCUCUAUUGUACUAUCUGUGAAAAGGGAUUGGAUUCAUUGUGUCUGUGUCUCUAUCUCUGUGUGUAUGUACUAUGAACCCCUAUUUUAUUGAUUAUUGAUUAUGUAACAUUAAAUUUUUUUUUAUUUUCAUUUAGAUAAACAAAUUAUUGUAAAAAAACAACAACAACAACAACAACAACAGAUUUUUCAGUUUUUCUAUAAUCAUGUUUUUCAUUAACAAUAUUUAAAUAGUUUUAAGAGAGAGAGAAAGAGAGGGGGGAACUUCUUUAAAAAAUAAAAAAUAAUUUUUUUCUUGUUGCCAAGUUUUGUUUCUAUUUAAAAAUAUUUUUCUGAUAUUUAUUGAUUAGUAGGAUUAAUUUUGUUUAUCUUUUUUUUUAAAAAAAUUAUUUGAUAAAAUAAUUAAAAUGUUAUUCUAAAAAAA